UUCUCGGGCCCGUGGCCCCGCGGGGGUUGCUGGGUGUUUGCUGGCGUAGGAGGUGGCGGCGGCCGCGUGAGGGGCCAGUCUUGGAAGGGUCGUUGACGGAGGCGGUUUGGGCACCUGAGGCGACGGUAACGGUAGCGUUUUGAGUGGCGGAGGAGACUCUAAUGGCGACAGCUGAGUGUGAAAAGUGGAUAGAGACUUACAUGUCAAAAGAUGGCACGGUCACGAUCUAGAUCCCCCAGGUGGAAACACAGGUCUUUGUCACCACAACCUAGAAAAUUUGAAUACUAUGAGGAAAGACAUUCCUAUGGGCAUCAUGGCUGUGAAUAUAGAAAAGAUCCCAAAAGACCCAUUGCUUGGAGAGUGGUCAGUGAGAAACAUGGAGAGAGUAAACCAAGGAUUCCCCCUCGUGGAAAUAGGCAUUAUGGGUAUUAUGAAAAUAUACCACCUUCCCCAAACAUAAGAAAUUCUGUAGAAAAAUCUUACACAUACAAGCCUCACCAACUAUAUUUGCCUAAAAGAGGGGAUGGUAACAGAAGAGCUCCAUAUAUGCCCACAUACUCGGAAGAUACAUCCUACAUAGAGCAUGAGAGAGAUAGUUAUCCCCCCAAAAUGCAAGGAAGGUAUAUUCCUGAUGACCACAGAGUUAGAGAAAGUGGAAGAGGAGGAAAGCCACCUCAAAGGCCAGUAGAAGAAGAUUCGUUUAGAUUUGAAGGAAAAUGGCAUGAAGAUGAAUUGAGACACCAGAGACUACAAGAAGAAAGAUACUCCCAGUCACCUAGAAGAGGCCCAGAAGACUUUGACACAAGGAGCUCUUUUCAGAAGAGGUAUCCUGAGGAUCAUGAUUUCAGAAUAUACGGGUACACAUCAAAAAGGCCUACAGAUGCAGCAAGAUAUGAAACUAGAGAGCCAGCCGGGAUUCCAAUGUGGAAGCCCAAACAUCCUCUUCUACCUUAUCAAGAGAAGAAAGAUCAGCGGGGCUUUGGAUUCCCAAGUCACCGGUACCCAGAGAGAAAAUACCCAAAGACUAGUUCAGCAACCAAAGUAUCCUAUGACUAUCAUCACAAACAUCAUAAGCUCUCAGAUGGUGAGCAGGACUUUCCUAAGGACAGAACACAGAAGUACUUGAAAGAAGACAGAAAAUAUAGUUCUCAAAAAGGCCCUAUAAAUAGAGAGUCAAAUUGUUUUAAUGCUUCAAGAGGAAGAGAGACUGAAAAUGAAGAAGUCAGAGAACGUUUUAAAAUAUCUAAGAAAGACUGUGUUGCCAAUAUUAAUUCAAAUAGAAAUGUGCUUGAUUUGAGGCCCUGUAAUGACAAAUGGAAGAAAAAAAUAAACAAAGACAAGGAUUGUAGAAAAGAGAGCAACUUUUCCAGUAAUCAACCUGAUACAAGCCAAGAAAUUUCUGAUAAUAUAUCCUCUUCAUCCGCCAAUCUUCGGAAGACAUCACUUAUAAUUAAAGUAGAUAUGAGGAAAACAGCCAGGGUGUUCAGGUCUGCUUCUAGAUACUCCAUAGAAAGACAGAUGUCGCAGGAUUUGGCUGCUGCUGGCAAGAAAAGUAAAGAAUUUCAUCCAGUGUUUGAACAUCUUGACUCAACUCAGAAUACUGAAAACAAACCUAAAGAAUUUGCUGAGGAAAUCGUAACAAUAGUCCAUCAAGUUAAAGAAACUUGUUUUUCACCAUCUGACCUUACUCUACAUGAGCGUUUUACAAAAGUGAAUGACAUACAUGAUAAGGAUGCAGAUGAAAUGAAAUUGGAUUCAGAUCCAGAAUUUCACAGAAGAAUAGAUAUGCCUUUGGACGAUCUUCAGAGUAAACAAACUGUGGCACAUGAAUCAUCAGAGGGGACUCUGGUCAAAAUAAUAGAUCCAAAUGACCUACGACAUGACAUUGAAAGGAGGAGAAAAGAACGGUUACAGAAUGAAGAUGAGCACAUUUUUCCCGUAGCUAGUGCAACAGAGAGGAAUCAUCAUUGUCCCAAUUUUUCAAAGGUGAAGAUUAUUCGUGCUGAUGGAUCCCAAAAGCCUCCACAUUUUAUAAAACCAAAUUUUAGAAAAUUUAUUCAGAAACCUAACAUAAAUUAUACUAUGCAGAGAAAAGAUACCCUUGCUCAGAAGAUAUUUAGAGUUGAUGAAAAUCAUCAGAACAGAAGAGGCUUUAAAGGACAUUUUAAGAAGCUUAUGGUUGGCAUAUUCCAGCCCCAUUAUAAGUCACACCUGGUACAGAAGAGCUGGUGUAUUCAGGCUAAAUAUCAGCGUUUACAGUUUGCUGGUCCAAGGGGCUUUAUCACCAAUAAAUUCAGAAACAGAUUCCUGAAGGGAAAAAGGAAUAUACAGACAUUGCCACAGAAAACUAACCUGGAAUUGUUGCAAAUGGAAACGGCACUGGAGGACGCACUGCAGCAUCUCUUUUUGUCAGGAGUUAGAAUUAACACCAAGACACUAAUACUGUAACUUUCUUGAUAAAAUAUCUUUAUUUUUCACUAGUGGAAUGCUGUGGCUUUUUUACACUUAACAAUUGCUGUUAAUAACAGUAUUCAAUUGAAAUGUUGUAUUUAACUACAGUUUCUUUUGAAAAAAGUCUCAAUAGACUCACUUGAAGGGCAUUAUUUGUUGACACAUUUUCCUCUGAGCAUGAUUUCAUCAAGAGAUAUGUUGAAAGCUUUGUUAAUGUUGUAAAAAGAAGUAUCAGAAUUAUAUAAUGUCUGAAAGAACUUUUAAAAGUGACCUUACAGUAGCAAAUUUUAUACUGGUUUUUCUUUUUCUGGUGAAAUUUUGACUUAUAACUUGAAGUUUUCUUAAGUUUCUGAAGAUCAAGGCCUAUAUGAUUCACAAAUUUCAUAAUAUAAGAAGGCUAGAGAAAAGGUGCUUCAACUUUCCCAUCAGGUAGUAGUGAGUGCACUGAAUUUUUAGUAAUAUGUUCAUUAGGUUUUUUUCCACAACUAUUUGCUCUUUUCCUGUUUCAAAUGCUGUUAGAGAAAAUAUAUAAAGAUUUUGUAAUCUAUAUCCCAUCUUACUUUUCCCUCAGGGCAAGCUUGUGCAUAUCAUAUUUUUAAAGGCUUUUAAAAUCUGACAAAGAAAAUAUCCUGUUUGAAAAUUGUACUUUACUACUCCAGCAUUACACAUUUUGCAAACACAUCUUACAGAGUACAUAUUUUCAACUCAGUUGAUAUGCAUUGCAUACCUACUGUGUAUAAGGUAGAAUCAGUGGGAUUUGAAAUACAAUGUGUAGGUAUCAGAAUAUUAUUUCUUUUCUGUGUGUUGUGUGUGUGUGGUGUUUGUUUUUUUGUUUGUUUGGGUUUUUUGUUUUGGUUUGGUUUUUGAGACAGGGUCUUCCUGUAGCCCCAGCUGACCUGGAACUCA